CCGCCGAUUUUCUCAAACGUAUUUUCCGACUUAUGGGAAACAUUUUAUCAUUUAUACUCGAACAACCACAAAAGUAUAAGCGUAAUUUAUUUUUGGAUUCCGAUUCAAUUACAAUAUCUAGUAUGGUGUACCAAGGAGAGAAUAUGCUCAUUAUAGAGUCUAAAAUUCAAGACGGAUGUCGCAUACUGUUAAAUCGUAACGACUUAUUAAAGUUACAAGAUUUAGAGUGGUCAAUUUUCGAGAUCAUCGAGAGAAAAACCAAAAUCGUUAAACCGCUCGUAAUACAACAAAUUAAUCAAAUCGCAUCAUACUUAAAAACAAAUACCAAGGUUGAAACUAGAACGCUUGAAGAUAUGACAAAUCGCGUGAAAAGCAUUAACAACAUUUGCAUUGCAACACAUGUAAAUGACUACAAUUUCACAAGUCAGCUUCAAUUACAUGCAGCUGAACAUAUCGCACAAAGAUGGUUGGACGAAUUAGAAAAAGAUGAGGGAUACGAGAAACCUUUUUCACCGCCAUCAUUUUACACUAUAUUUAAUGAGGAAAUUCUUUCUGAUAUCUCCCCUCCAUCACAGACAAGCUGUACAGACGAAAACGAUGGACCAUACGGACCGCAAUACAAUAUUACCUGCAACUCACUACCCAAAAGACGACACACUGUUUAA